GGGGCACUUUCAGUGGCUGUCAAAAAUGGUUUAAAAUUACAGUGAGAAAUCUUUGCGUGAUUUUCACUUGAAUAUCUAAUUUUUUACUAAAUUCUUCUAUUUUUCUUCAUCACCAACUCUUCAAUUAAUGUCAUUUCUGUGAAUUCAGUGAAUUGUGACGCUUUUCCGUUCAACGGUUUUCCCGAUUUUCCACCCUAAAAAAACGGGCUAAAAACGGAUUCUUCUCUAUGAUUAGCCGUGGUGGGAUUGUGGAAUUCCUGGAAGAAUGGAAGUUGAGAAUUCUUUUGGGGAAGCUGUUGGUGGAGCAUCUCCAUCAUCGCUCUUAGUCCCAAAUUUGAGUUUUAAAUGUAUUUUCUGCCAUGCUGACUUUGUUUUGCCACUGGACCUCGCUCAUCAUAUAGAAAUCUUCCACUCAGAUGCUGAUGUUGAUGACUUCAUGAUGGAUUUUGACGAUGACGACGAUGAUUGCAAUGAUCUCCCCCUGGAACCAAUCUGUGAGCUAAGGCACGAUGAUACGGAAUUGAAUUUCCGCCAAUUUUCUGGAAGCGAUGAGAAUUCCUCCGGUUCCAGCAAUGGUGUAGCGAAGGUGUUCUCCGAAGCGCCCGGCCGAGGACGUCGUCGAGAUGUGCCGGAAGAAGAUGUGGAGUCCCGGAAUACGGGUACAGAAUGCUUCUUCCAGUGCACGGUGUGUGAGAAAACAUUCAAAUUUGCCGGCGAUCUGGCUAAGCACGUGCGGUCACACACACAAAAUAAACCCUAUCAGUGCUCCAUCUGUGACAAAACAUUCACGCAUAUUGGCAGCCUCAACACACACAUUCGCAUCCACAGCGGCGAGAAGCCGUACAAGUGUAAGCAAUGCGACAAGGCUUUCACACAAUCAAGUAGCCUUAUGGUGCACAUACGGUCCCACUUGACGAAGAAGCCCCACCAGUGUAGCAUAUGCGACAAGGGGUUUGUCAAUAGCAGUAGCUUGGUGCUGCAUAUGCGUCUUCACAGCCAAGGAGAACCCUUCCCCUGUACAAGCUGUGAUAAAACCUUCAAGGCGGCGCACCUCCUGCAGGAGCAUAUGCUACUACAUACCGAAACACCCCUCUACCAGUGCAGCAUAUGCCGCAAGGCAUUCCACCAUGCGAGUGAACUUGUGCAACAUAUGAAAUGCCACACGGGUGAGAAACCCUUUCAAUGCAGCAUAUGCGAAAAAAGCUUCACACAGCCGGGCAGUCUCAACACACACAUGCGCAUCCACACGGGGGAGAAACCCUUCAAAUGCUCCGACUGCAAUAAAUCCUUCACACAAGCUUCCAGCUUAUCGGUGCACAUGAAGAUUCACACGAGUCGCGAAAAGCCAUUCACGUGUCGUGAAUGUGGGAAAUCCUACAGUCAGCAGGCCUACUUCAACAAGCACAUGGCCAUCCGACACAACAUAGCACGAGACACCACCAAGGGUAGUGAGGAGUGCACUGAGUGCCAUCAGACAUUCGAUAAUGCCGUUGCAAUGUCCCGGCAUAUGAUAAAAGCUCAUCCCCAGAUCUACCAAUGCUCCAUUUGUAGGUCACAAUUUGAUAAUUCAGAUGAUCUCGUUACGCAUCUCAGGGGACACUUUAAGGACUAAAUGCCUUAUAAGCUAUGUUCUUUCUGCGUUAAUUCCACAAAGGAUGGUCCUUCUGAACAUCAUUUUUAACACUUGGAGGACCCAACAUUUGGCACAACAUGGAGGAUCAAAUUGGCAAUAACUACCAGAUGAUAAAAUAUGCUCAAUUAUUAAUUAUUAAUCAGUUUAUUGAACGAGAAUCGAAAGUUUCACUAAUUCUUGAUCUCGUUCAAGCAUUCCUGCACCUAAUUACUAAAUAUUUAAUUGAGAAAAUCGUCACUGAAAAAAAAUUGCGGCCUAAAGCAAAAAGUGUUUUUUCAAUAUAACUCGAGAAUGGCUUGACCGAUUUUGAUUAUCUUGGUAUCAAAUGAAAGCUUUCAAGAAGUCCUACAACUGUCUAGAACAUUCCAAGUUCCAAAAAUGACCGUAAGAGGCGCUAAAAUCAAAAACAAAAAUUGCCUAACUUUAAGGGGCAAUAUCUUCGAAUCCCCAUUAGGCAAAUCUUUUAAAUUUUGAUAUCUUGUAGCCUGACUCAAUAUCUUGCACCAGUCCGAAAAUGAAGAAAAUCUAUGUCGCCAUUUAGAAGAUAUUGCAGUUUGAAAAAUUCUUGAAUUUGAAAAGUUCUAAGAGUCAUAUCUCCUGCACUGCUUGACCGAUUUUGCUCAUCUUGAUAUCAAAUUAAAGCUUUUGCAAUACUCUACAACUUUCUAGAACAUCAGAAAUCUCUAGAACCAUUCCUUGAGUACAAAAAAUUCAAAAAACCGUUUUAGUAAAACAUAAAACCUCCAUUUUGUGUUUUGGAGGUGACCUUGAAAGGUAUCAUUAUAUGUCAAAUUAUAGCUCGUUUCAAUACCUUACCAAAACUAGUCAAGAAAUUUCUGUAGCUGUUAUAGAACCAGAGAUAUGACCAUUUUUAUGCAUCAAAUUACUGAUUUUCACAAAAAAAAAUCAAUUUUGCCUACUAAUACAACUCAGAAAUUAAAUUACAACGCAUAAACAAAGUUUUGCACGUUGUGGGACACCAACUCUUAUAACUGGACGCGUUAUGAUUGACUUUUCACCGGGGAAAAAUGCACAAGAGUACUUUAUUUGGGAAAUAUGGGGUAACAUAACCUCAAAACCAUGGCUAAAAUGUAUGGAAAUUUGACUGGUAGUUAUUACCAAUUUGAUCCUCCACGUUGGAUUCUGACUUUGACCUCAAUUAUCUUCCAAAGAAAAGACUUUUCUCGAGAUUUUCUUUCUGCUAUCUUAAAGUAAUUAAAAUUCCCUACACAUAGAUGCUAAAUUCAUCGAGAUAGGUCCAAUAGAUUUUAUUCUGUGACGAUUUUAAGGUUCCAAUUGGUAGCAAGUACCAGUAAAGUCCUCCGAGUGUUAAACGUGAAGAAACCUCCUGGAAUUGUACAAUAACUCUCACAGAGCAAAAUGUUUUUGCUCCCCCACAAAAGAAAAAAAAAAGAUUCAAAAACUUGUAAAAGAAAUCAUGAUAAUUAGUUGGAUAGGAUUUAAAAAUGUAGUAUUUUGUAGGCGAAAGCAAAUCAACAAAUUGUACUUAGAGAGAGAGAGAAAGCAUUUUGUGCCAGUUUCCUUAAUAAGAAAAAAAAAGUUACACAGAGAAUUUUAUAUUAAAAAAAACAAUGUAUAUGAGCUAGAGAAAACAAGAGAUCCUUAUAUUUUAGAAAAAGAAAGAAAAAAAAAGAAGUUGAUCAUUAGUUCAGCUUCCACGCAGUAUUUUUCACAUAAGAACUAGAACAGAGAGUUUAUGCGAAGAAAAAACUUUUAAAGACGUAUAGAUUUUUUUUGCCAUAUUAGAGACUAAUUUGAUUUGUAAAAUGUAAUUUUUAAGACAAAACUUUUUAUCUUUUUUUUUGUCAUUUUUCUGCCAUAGAUUUGCCACAGUAUUCUCAUACAUAAUGUAAGUUUUAUGUUUAAGUCCCUAAAGAGCAUAGAAUAUAUUUGUAAUGAUUUGUGAUUGCGCUAUAAUAA